UGACAAUAAAGUUGAAAAAAGUUGUGAGAAUUUCUCUGAAUAUUAAUAAUAAUAAUUCUUUCUUCUUCACAGAUGGCCUGAAGAAAGGAACCUCAAAACAUUCAUAUUUCUCUCUCUCUCUCUCUCUCUUGUUGCUGUCUCUGUAAAAAGCUACUGUUGUUGUGAGGGAGAGAGAGAAUAUAAUCAUAUAGUAUUGUGUUUUGUGUAAAAUUCAUCAUAUUUGAAGCAGCUUUUUGGUUCUUAAGGGGCUUCUGGAAAUAUUUUGGGAUUUUUUUAUUGUUAAAGGGUACACCAGUAAUUAAUGUAAGGAAGACAUGGGGAGAACAAAGAGUUUGUUUUCUGCAAUCAAGAGGGUUUUUACAUCCAAUUCCAAAGAUAAACUACCAAAUGAACUAGAGAAGAGAAGUGCACACGAAAGGAAGGGGCAAGGAAGAUUAAAACAUGGAGAAAGUAGAUCGUCGUUCAUUCCUCUAUUUAGAGAACCAAGCAGCAUCGAGAAAAUCUUGGAAGAAGUUGAUCAACAAUUGUUAUUUAUCAGUAAUCCUACACCCGUUGAGCAACCGACAACCACGCAACCUUUGUUUUCCGGCAGGCCUGCUUCUCCAGCUAGGAUUAGUUCUUAUCGAGCCACUUCUCCAAGAAUUAGUUCCUAUCGAGCCGAUUCUCCGAGAAUUAGUUCUUAUCGAGCCGAUUCUCCGAGAAUUAGUUCUUAUCGAGCCGGUUCUCCCAGGGCGGUUUCCCCUAUAAGUUCACCUCCUAGAGUAAUUCAAAGGCGUGCGGAAACCAGCUAUAGACCAGAGCCAACUCUUCGACACCAUCAUCGUUCGGCUACCAUAAUUCAGGCUGCUUAUAAAGGUUAUAUGGCAAGGAGGAGUUUUCGAGCUUUGAAGGGUCUUGUGAGGCUGCAAGGCGUGGUGAGAAGCCAACACGUGAAGAGACAAACCGUCAACGCGAUGAAACACAUGCAGUUGUUGGUGAGAGUCCAAACGCAGAUUCAGUCACGAAGAAUACAAAUGUUGGAAAACCAAGCACUUGAACAACAAAAUAACAAAAACGACAAGGGUGUAGAGAGUUCGCUUGGCAAAUGGAACUUCAGUAACCCGGAAGGCGAGGAACACUGGGACGAUAGCUUAUUAACAAAAGAAGAACGACAAGCAAGACUACAACGAAAAAUGGAAGCCAUGAUCAAGAGAGAACGAGCCAUGGCGUAUGCAUACUCCCACCAGUUAUGGAAAGCCACACCAAAAUCCGCUCAAAACGCCCUCACGGACAUCCGCUCUGGCGGAUAUCCAUGGUGGUGGAACUGGCUAGAACGUCAACUACCGUCCGACGAACCCACAAAACCCCCCCAAUUCACACCCACCCCACCACGUCCUAGAUCAUCAAGAUCAACAGUUUCAGCUACAGCUCGACCAGUUAUGUCCCCGGCUCGAACCUCAACGUCAACAACCCAAAACUUAACGAAACACUACAAACCAAAACGCGGUUCGGUUGCUUCACCGUACCCUAUGAAAGAUGAUGACAGUUUGAUGAGCUGUCCGCCAUUUUCGGUCCCGAACUACAUGAACCCGACUGUUUCGGCUAAAGCCAAAGCCAGACCAUCGACUGGCUACAGAGACCGGCUCACAAGCUCUGCAGCUAGCGAGACGUCGUCGAAACGAAGGUUUUCGUUCCCCUUAACGCAAACUAUUGGGUCGACGUUUAAGUGGAACAAAAAAGCUUCAGGUAAGGAGUAUCCAAUGACGUUGCAGGCUCCGAUAAUGUUGAAAAAACAUAAAUCUCCACGAUCUAUUGGGGAUUUAAGCAUGGAUUCAUCUGUUUCUAUGCCAGCUGCUUUUGGAAGGAAACCGUUUAACAGAUUUGUGUGAUUUUUUCUAAUUUCUUUUUCUUUUUCUUUUUUUUUUUUUUUUUGAGUUUUUACUUUUUUUUGCUUCAUAUCUUGGUGGGGUUUGAGUUUUUUGUUUUGAUUUUUAUUUGUUUGAUGUAAAAUGAGUGUAUGAUCAUCAUUCAUAUGAUGGUUGAAUAGAGAAUAUUGAUGUAUGAUAGUGAACAAACAUCUGUUUUCUGAGUGUAUAAAAGUUGGUUUUGUCUA